AUGAGUCAUCGCCAAGGACGAUCUCACAUUGAAUGCUUUACUGAUGGAGCCGUUUCCAAUAAUGGAAAUCCUAACGCUCGGGUAAGUUUUACGUUAUUUUUGGCCGAUGCAUUACGAAAUUUGGAUAUUGUUUUAGUUUGUUAUAAAUUUUACAUUUCUUCCGUUUUCAGGGAGGUUUCGGAAUACACUUUCCCGGAGGAGAAAUGAGAGAUGUUAAAGGCCCCUUGCCGGGGCCGGUCCAGACGAACAAUCGGGCCGAAUACCAUGCCAUCAUCGAGGCUCAAAACCGUGCCCGUUCGGCGGGAUACGACAGUGUAAGUGGGAGGGAUAGUUUUUUGUGCUUGCGAGUUAUUUUUCGAUGUAAUUUUUCUUUAAUUUAUGUAAUGCGUUGUGUUUCAAGAUCAAAAUUAGUACAGAUUCCCAAGUCGCUUCUCGCUCAGUCAACGAGUGGCUUCCGAAGUGGAAGGAAAACGGAUUCCGUACUUCGACUGGUCGGCCAGUGGCCGACCAAGAUUUGUUGAAGAGGAUGGAGAAAAACAUGAGAACUAUCAAGACCGAGGUGUCUCACGUUCGUGGGCACGGUGAAAAUGCAUCAAAUAAGAUGGCUGAUUCACUCGCCAGACAGGGCCGCCGUAAUCAAUAA